CCGCGCUACGCGCGCGAUGGGCUCCGAGGCAGCUCAGCUUCUGGAGGCUGCUGACUUCGCGGCUCACAAGCACCGACAGCAGCGACGGAAGGACCCCGAAGGGACACCUUACAUCAACCACCCCAUCGGUGUGGCUAGGAUCCUGACCCAUGAGGCGGGAAUCACUGAUCCUGUGGUGUUACAGGCAGCCCUGCUCCAUGACACGGUGGAAGACACAGACACUACCCUGGAUGAGGUGGAGCUACACUUUGGGGCGCAGGUUCGACGCCUAGUGGAGGAGGUAACAGAUGACAAGACUCUACCCAAGCUGGAGAGAAAGCGGCUGCAGGUGGAGCACGCUCCCCACAGUAGCCCUGGGGCCAAACUGGUGAAGCUGGCAGACAAGCUGUACAAUCUGAGGGACCUGAAUCGCUGCACCCCAGUGGGAUGGUCAGAACAUCGAGUUCAAGAAUACUUCGAGUGGGCAGCACAGGUGGUGAGGGGGCUUCAGGGAACAAACCAGCAACUAGAAGAGGCUUUAAAGCAGCUGUUCAAGGAGCGGGGACUGACACUCUGA